ACAAAGGACUCUGGGUUUAGCUUCUGUGUCAGCUCACCGUUGAGUUUGUGGUGGGUUUCAAGUCUCCAGAGCUUCGACAUGUCUGAAGUCAGCAGCAAGUUUCCCAUAGACCCCAUCACUGCAGUUGGAGUAGUGUCUUCACCCAGCAAGGCCCCUGAUGGCUACUACGUUGUUGCACAAACAACAGAUGGCUCUGACGCCGACCUGAGGAAGGACGGCUUAUUCAAAUCCAAGGUCACUCGCUACCUCUGUUUCACCAGGAAAACUGGCCCCGAUGUUGUCGUGGACAUGAAGCUGACUGAUAUUAAAGACGCCCUGCCAGAGUCGUUCACACCAAUGCAAGAAACAAUGGACACAAAGGAAGCUGUCAUGAGGAAGAGGAGGCUCUGUGUGAAAAUGAGCCCUCGUGAGGAUGCGAAGACAGCUGUAUGUGACAUCCAGAUCACGGCAAAGUCCAAGACCCAUCUUGUUAACUACACCUGUGUAGGCGAACUAAACAACAUGGGAAUAUGGUAUCGGUUGGGAGAUGUUCACCAGCGUCAGCCGUCUAGAGUCACGUCCGGCAGGGUCGAAAGCGACGCCCGACCCAGCACAGCGAGCUCGAGGAUUUACUCUGAGCGUCACGGCACUGGACUCUACACCAUGACAGCUUUGGAUGAUGUGCCCUUUCUGAUCUCGGAGAAGUUUUUGCAAAAAAUCCCCAAAGAGAUGCAGCAAGUCAAUUUAAUGGGCAUUACGAUCAAAUCCCUGGCAGACAUCGAGGAGGAAUUUCAGUACAACUUCAGCACAGAGCGAAGCAUUGUUCUGUAACUUGUCACCGAGCCUCGUCUCAGCUGACAGAGUCGCAGCGACUGAGAGAGUACAGACGGACAAAGGGGAUUAUUCAGAACAAUCAUGAACUAUCAAAUUACACCACAAUUUUGAAUUGUGUAAUUUAAAAAAAGGGGAAAAAAUAGUCCUUAUGGAGAUACUGGGAUGAUGGAUUGUAUUUAAAUAAUUCAAUACUUUGAAUAUUUUAAAUAGUUGCUACAACUGUGCACAAUUAAAUUUGA